ACGUCGGCCCAUUUACACACACCCUCGUCUCGGGUGGUAUAUCUAAAACCCUAGGGCUCUGCUUCAUUUGUUCUUCUCUCGAGUCUCGUCUGCAGCGAGAUUUUUUCCGCCGUCUCGUCUCAUUUAGCAGUAAGCAAUGGCGGUUCCCAAGCUUGAUAAGAAGAUCGUCAAGAAGCGUGUAAAGAAGUUCAAGAGGCCCCACAGUGAUUGGAAAAUAUGCGUCAAGGAAAACUGGAGAAGACCUAAGGGUAUUGAUUCCCGUGUGAGGAGAAAGUUCAAGGGGGUGACUCUUAUGCCCAAUAUUGGGUAUGGAUCAGACAAGAAGACCCGUCACUACUUGCCUAACGGUUUCAAGAAGUUUGUGGUGCACAAUGCUAAGGAGCUUGAAGUUCUUAUGAUGCACAACAGAACAUACUGUGCUGAGAUUGCACACAAUGUUUCAACCCGCAAGAGGAAGGAGAUCGUUGAGCGUGCAGCACAGUUGGAUGUUGUUGUUACCAACAAAUUGGCUAGGUUGCGUAGCCAGGAAGACGAGUAAGCCUGAUAGCAUCACAUGUCUUUGUGUGUUCUCUGUGAUGCAUUUUUAGCUUUUGAUAUACUUUCGAACCGUUUUAAUUUUGAGAUCAUGUAGUUUUGUUGCAUGGAUUAUGUUCUAGAAAUGAAUUUUGUCGAAAGAGGUUAUUUGUUCCUGAAUGUUUGUUUCUGA